GAAUCCCAAUGAACAGUUUCAACUUUUAACUUUUGCCUUGUAGUUAAUUUUUUUUUCUCUCUUUUGACCUUAAUCAAAUUUGUUUUCGGUUAGUGUUUAGAACAAAAAAUGUCUAAAUGUCAAUGUAAUGUAAUGUCAAAAAUAAAUAACGACAUCAAACUCGAUUUCAAGGAUGUUUUAAUAGUUCCUCAAAGCAGUACUCUCAAGAGUAGAUCAGAGGUUGAUCUUAAUCGAACGAUGAAAUUUAAAAAUUCCAAUCAGGAAUAUUGUGGUGUACCAAUUAUCGCUGCAAACAUGGACACCAUUGGCACUUUUCCGAUGGCAUUAGCUUUGAAUAAGCACAAUCUACUUACUACAAUUCAUAAACACUAUUCAAAUGAUGAAUGGAAACAAUUCGCGGAUCAACAUCCAGACGCAAUUAAGAAUGUAGCUGUAAGUUCUGGUAUCGGAGAAUCGGAUUUCACCAACCUAAGUACUAUUCUAGAAGAAGUGCCCUCGAUACCCUUUAUUUGCUUGGAUGUGGCCAAUGGAUAUUCUGACCUUUUUGUUGAAUUUGUCAAAAAGACACGAGCUGCUUUUCCCGAUCGAACCAUCAUGGCGGGUAAUGUGGUCACCGCUGAGAUGGUCAAAAAAUUGAUUCUCGCUGGUGCUGAUAUAAUUAAAAUAGGAAUUGGUCCUGGUUCGGUAUGUACCACUAGGAAAAAGACUGGAGUUGGUUAUCCGCAGUUAAGCACUGUCAUCGAAUGUGCUGAAGUCGCUCAUGAACUUGGAGGGCACAUUAUUUCUGACGGUGGGUGUACCUAUCCAGGUGACGUUUGUAAAGCUUUUGGUGCGGGUGCUGAUUUCGUGAUGCUCGGUGGUAUGUUGUCAGGGCACACUGAGUGUGGAGGAGAGACUAUUGAAAGAAAUGGUAAAAAAUAUAAAAAAUUCUAUGGGAUGAGCUCAGCAACUGCCAUGAACAAACAUAAUGGUGGAGUAGCUGAAUAUCGAGCAUCAGAAGGUAAAACUGUUGAGAUUCCAUAUAGAGGCGAUGUUGACCAAACAAUCUUGGACAUUCUUGGUGGCCUGAGAUCGGCUUGUACCUACACUGGUUCGUCGAAACUUGAAGAGCUUCCUCGUAAAACUAGAUUCAUCAGGGUUACCCAGCAAACUAACGAAAUUUUUCAACAAAUGGAAGUUGACAAUUAAACGGGCAUUUGAAUGAGCACCGAUUUAAUUCAUAUUUUGUCUCAUAACUCAAAAUCUUGAUCAAAUUAAAGUUCAAGUUAUACAUUAAUUCACAAUUUGUCCAGAAGUUUAUCCUUUUUCACUCAGAAAAAUAUCAACACAGCUAAUCAACUCCAACGAGACCAUAUUAUCAAAAAAUUACCAAACAAUCAACAAGUUGUUCAUCAUGUUUAAUUUUUUUCUAUUAAUAA